UUGGUGCUGUCUUCACCGACAUGUGGCCUAGGCAACUCGCACGGUACGGUCGUUUAACUGGUCACCCACCUUCGAGUGUUUUGACAAGACAGCUGUCAAAAACCAGUUGAUUGCCCCCGCACGAAAUCCUAACUGUAUUUUCCUUUGUUCGCUGUAUUUUGAACAGUGGAAUGUUAAAUGGGGACGUCGGCGUAAAGCAACAAUGCUAGUUUGACCCGAUCGCUCACCUUAACGCUCCCCAAAAAAGUGUACCUUCGGUGUGCAAAAUGGCCACUAGGAGCAAACCAGGAGGCAAACAUGACGACCAAAGCGUGGAGACCCUGGCCGAGGUCUUCCGCUGCUUCAUCUGCAUGGAGAAACUGCGCGACGCCCAUCUGUGCCCGCACUGCUCCAAGCUGUGCUGCUACGUUUGCAUCCGGCGGUGGCUCACCGAACAGCGGUCGCAGUGCCCCCAUUGCCGGGCGUCGCUGCAUCUGCACGAACUGGUCAACUGCAGAUGGGUGGAGGAGGUCACCCAGCAGCUCGACACCCUGCAGGCCGUCAACUUGAACAGCAGCAGGGGCGAAGACAAUGACCGGGACAAGUGUGCCACACAUUCGGAGAAACUGUCCGUCUAUUGCUGGACGUGCCGCUGCUGCAUUUGCCACCAGUGCGCUCUGUGGGGCGGCACUCACUCGGGGCACACCUUCAAGCCACUCGACGAAGUCUACGAACAGCACGUCACCCAGAUUAAGGACGAGGUGGUUCAGCUCAGGCGCCGCCUGAUGGAGCUGAUCAGCAUCGUGCAGGAAGUUGAACGUAACGUGGAAUCGGUUCGUUCGGCGAAAGACGAGCGCGUCCGUGAGAUCCGCAACGCCGUCGAGCUGAUGAUUGCCCGUCUCGACUCGCAGUUGAAGACCAAACUCCUGACUUUGAUGGGCCAGAAGGACUCGCUCACGCAAGAAACCGAGCAGUUGGAGCACCUCCUGCACGAGAUCGAGCACCAGCUGCACACGUGCACCCGCUCGGAGAUGAUCUCGAAGAGUUCGGAACUGUCCCGAAUGAUCCAUGCCAUUAGGAAAAAACCAAUGACGAGUUUCGUGACAGCUCCAGUUCCUGCGGAUUUUCACAGCGAAAUUGUGCCGGCUUACGACAGCAGCACAUUCGUAAUGCAUUGUUUUUCCCAACUGCAACGAAAAGCCGACCCUGUCUACUCCACUCCCUUGCACUGUAACGGGCUCUGUUGGCGCCUCAAAGUCUACCCGGACGGCAACGGUGUUGUCCGUGGCAAUUACCUAUCAGUUUUCCUCGAACUGAGCGCCGGUUAUCCCGAAACCUCGAAAUAUGAGUACCGGGUCGAGAUGAUCCAUCAGGCGAGUCGCGACUCGUCGAAAAACAUCGUUCGGGAAUUCGCGUCCGAUUUCGAAGUUGGCGAGUGUUGGGGCUAUAACCGGUUCUUCCGACUGGACCUCCUGGCCAGCGAGGGCUACCUGAACGUAGCCUCGGACACGCUCGUUUUGCGGUUCCAGGUGCGCGCCCCCACCUUCUACCAGCGCUGCCGCGACCAGCAGUGGUACAUCAACCAACUGCAAACCGUUCAAAACCAGUACAUUUCACAAAUCAACGAAUCCAAAGAGCGCCUCGCCGCCGAAAUCUCCCGAAAUGCCGUUGCGGCGACUCUGGGGGCCGCCACGCAAAUCCCCGACAUUGCCACAAUUGGCAUGGUCAAAAGCAUGUACAACAUGGCUCCAGUGGUGCCAUCUGAGGCGGCCGAGGCCCAACCAAUGCCGUCAACUUCGAAAAAUGGGGUUGCGGAAAAAUUCGAUAUCACGACUUUGGCCAAGAAUUUAAUGAGCAAUGUUAAUACGAAGCAAGUGGCGACUACGACGGCAACGGGCGAUUGUCCGAAUAAUACGAGUGGUUCGUCGUCGACGAGUUCCAUCCAGACGAAAAAAAGGGAAACGGGGCGACAAAGUGGCAACGAAUCGGCCACUGAAACUCCGCGACAUUUACUGGGGCUGGGAGUGUCGCUCAGUUCGCCGAAUUUGUUGAAUUCGAACGUUUCCUUCACGCUUUGUUGCAGCAGCAGCGAAAGCGACCUGAGCGAGCCGGAGAACCUGAUGGAGGAGUUCGAGCCGGCCGAGGCCAACUUGAUCAGCACUGGCGACAAUUCGAACGAUGAGAACGACGUCGACGACGAGACAAUGUCAGGUAACGGUGACGGAAACGCGCAUUACUCACAAAAUUCUAACAGUCCUACUAACGAAGCAGCCGAAAAAGACGGAGAGAAUGAUGUAGAGUAUGCGGAAUUUUCAAUGACCCAGCGCCUCAUGAUGCGGGAUUCGAGUCCUGCGGCCGCAGGAGCCACGGCUCUCUCGCCCACCGAGGGCAACUCAUUUGAGGACAAACUGAUGCUCUUGCAACUGUUUGAUAGAUUGGAAAAUUCGCCACAGGCGACAACGGCACCUAACGUGCCUCAGACCGACUUGCCACCUGUCAAUCUCGAUCUAGUUCUCUUAGACAACCUAUCAAUCAAGAGCGAUGAUCAGUUAUCAUCGCCCACUGUACCUGACGUGGCCAAUCGACGAAAACUGCGGAAGCGGUUCAAAGGGGGCGCCAGCAGUGAGGGUGGCGCUACAGCUAACCCGACUUGGACUGAGACCGUGCCAUUGAACACGAAGGAGUCAGUGAUGGGGCCUUUGGAGUCCUUCCUGCGUUCCAUUAAUUGUUAUCCCGAACAUGACCAACAUCGCAAGAAACACUCUUCGAAGCGGAAACCGCUAAAAGGCGCCGAACGCAUCCUUGGUUUCUCGCUGCCACAACCGGCGUCGCCUCCACCGCUCGGCGACAACGUCGAUGGUAGUGUCCAACCAUCGUCAUCGAACGGUUUCAGCUGGACACCGUCUCUCUUAAGUCAGAGGCGCCCCAAUAAAGUCAAACUGCAAACUGAUCUCAGCAAACCGGAAAAGGAGUCCAAAAACGGAAGGUCUGAUAACCAGCCGCAUUCCGCCUGAUCUGUGUAACUUAUUUAUUAUGAUUAAUUUAAUUUUUUACGUGGUAGUUUGGUGGACUAAUACAGUACUUAAUGAUUCAAUUAAUCCAUCAUUCCAGUAGGAAUUAAAAACUAACUAAAAUUAGGCUGUGUGAGUUGUCAGCUUUGAAUGUCUCUAAAUAAAAAAUUCAAAGCCAGAAA